AUGGCUAAAUGCUGCGCAUUAUUACUUUGUUUUGCAUUUUUUGAAUACGACUUGCAGGUUCCAUUCGAGCGGAGGCUGCAGGAGUUCAAAGAGAUGCUAACAGAGAAGAAUGUCAGUGCGGGCAGCACCUGGGAAAAGGAAUUGUCCAAAAUUGUCUUCGAUAAACGAUACCUACUUCUGAAUGCUGUAGAACGAAAAGCGGCUUUUGAAGCUUAUGUACGAGAACGAACGGAGAUUGAACGGGCCGAAAGAAAGAGACGCGCCAAAGAAGCACGAGAGAAUUUCAGAAAUUUGCUUGAAGAAGCGAAAUUGCAUGGGCGGUAA